CACGCGAAACAACGAGCCGAUCGGACAUUGGUCCGCAGCUUGCUCUUCACACGCGAUAGAAUUCGCAGCAAGGCGCUACAACAGGCUAACCCAUCGCAAUGACAAGCAUUAGCACAAACUGCCAAGCGAACCCGGCGUCUGCGUCGUCGGCAUCAUCUUCAGCAGCAGGACUGGCCAACAUGCAGAACAUCAAGGCCGCCCUGCUCUCCGUGCCCGGCACCCCCAGCGGCAUCAACGGCUCUGGGACGCCCAUCAAGCGCACACACACGCCCCUCGACCACAAGAUUCCCAAUGUCAGCGGAUACACGGACACGGUAUUUGCCGGUAAAGCAGAACAGGCGGCCAAAGUGCAGCAGCUGCUCAAGGCGAAAGGAUUCAUUCCACCCGACCUGGUCGAUGCGGAGGUCGCGUGGUUCUAUCAGAACCUGGGCAUCGACGACACGUAUUUUGCGCUCGAGUCUGUCGACACAGUCGGCGACCACGUCAUGGCGCUAUUUGGCGCCAAGAUGCUCGCAUACACCAAGCACUCCUCCUCGCUCGACAUAGAUCUUGAGAAGGAAACCGAUGACGGCUCCUCUGCCGUCUUCAUCCACUCCUCGCAGGCAGGCCGCAGCCGCGCCGAGGGCGAGGGGCCGCAGUGGGAGCGCCGCAUCGACGAAAAGUGGCUCAACAAGUCCGACGUUGGCGCGUCCCACUCUUCCUCCAAGGCACUGCCAGCGCCGUCGGAGGGCCGCUUCGGCGCGUUCCGCCUCGAGACGUACCGCUCCGCCGGCAGCGUCAGUGCGCAGUCCAAGCAGCAGCUCCGCUGCUACUUCCUCACAAAGUGCACCUUUGCCACCCCUGCCCCUGCGCCCGGCACGCCAGACUACGGAGACAUUCGCAAAGUCAGUGACAACGCUUUCCUCGCCAAGGCAAGCGAGAACACGCUCGCCAUGUACCAGGACGUCAUGGAUGAGGUCCUCAGGAGGCAGGGUCCUGUCAUUGAAAUGUUCGAAGUUGAGGGGACACGCGAGCACCGGGUCGUCAUCGGCUACCGCAUGGGCACGACGACAAACUUUUUCAGCGCAUUCUCGGACCUGUACCACUUCUACGGCCUUUUCUCAUCGCGCAAGUACGUCGAGCACUUCUCCAACGGGGUCACCAUCAUCUCCGCUUACCUGAACCCGCUGCCGACGCACGCGGGCGGCACCAAGUACCCGCCGAUCGAGCACAGCAUCCACCAGAUCAUCAAAGAGGCGUCGCUCAUCUACGUCCUCCCAGACAAUCCCUUCUUCCAGCCGGCCGGGCUCAUCACCGGCGCAGCAGCAGGGCACGCGGUGCAGGAGGCAACGUACGCCUACGUCGGCUGGCUCUUUGCGCAGCACUUCUGCAACCGCCUCGGCCAGGCGUACCAGUCGCUGCGCAACGCGCUCGACGAAACAGACGCACAACAGGCCGCCAUUCUCAACGAGAUCAAGACGCGCUUCCGCGAGGAAACCUUUACGCGCCAGUCUAUCCAGGAGGUGAUCAACUCGCACCCGGACCUUAUCCGUCUGCUGUAUGUCCAUUUUGCCAACAUCCACUACCCCGGUGGCGCUGGCGACGACGAGCUCGUGCCAACGCUCAGCUACCAGCGCCUCGUCAAGGAGGAGGUGUUGAGCGAUCAGCAGAUGUACGACCGCAUCCGCAAGGCUGCCAGCAACACGCACGAGGCACAGGUCCUUGAGGCGCUCCUCUUCUUCAACAAGGCUGUGCUCAAGACCAACUUCUACACUCCCACCAAGGUUGCCCUCUCCUUCCGCCUCGACCCGGGCUUCCUGCCCGAGGUCGAGUACCCGACCAAGCCGUACGGCAUCGUCUUUGUCGUCGGCUCCGAGUUCCGUGGCUUCCACGUCCGCUUCCGCGACGUCGCCCGCGGCGGCAUCCGCAUCGUGCGCAGUCGCAACCGCGAGAACUACAGUAUCAACCAGCGUAUGUUGUUUGACGAAAACUACGCGCUGGCCAGCACGCAGCACCUCAAGAACAAGGAGAUCCCCGAGGGCGGCGCAAAGGGCACCAUCCUUCCGACACUCGACGCGAACCCACGUCUAUGCUUUGAAAAGUACGUCGACGCUAUCCUCGACUUGCUCAUCAAGGGCGAGACGCCCGGCGUUAAGGAGGAGAUCGUUGACCUACUCGGCACCGACGAGAUCCUCUUCCUCGGCCCCGACGAGGGCACCGCCGACUGCAUGGACUGGGGCGCCGAGCACGCCCGCGAGCGUGGCGCGCCCUGGUGGAAGAGUUUCACCACCGGCAAAACCGCCGCGACGCUCGGCGGUGUCCCACACGACGUCUGGGGCAUGACCUCGCUCAGCAUCCGCCAGUACGUCAUCGGCAUCUACCGCAUGCUCGGCCUCAAGGAGGAGGACGUCACCAAGGUCCAGACCGGCGGGCCUGACGGCGACCUCGGCUCCAACGAGAUCCUCCUCAGCCGCGACCGCACCGUCGCCAUCAUUGACGGCUCCGGUGUCCUAUACGACCCCAGCGGUCUGGACCGCGCCGAACUCGUGCGCCUCGCUAAGGCACGCCUCAUGAUCGUCCACUUCGACACCGCUAAGCUCGGCCCCGGCGGCUACCGCGUGCUCGUCGAGGACAAGGACGUCCGCCUCCCCAGCGGCGAGGUCGUCCCAGACGGUCUCAGCUUCCGCAACACGGCCCACCUAGUCUUCAAGGCGGACAUGUUCGUCCCAUGCGGUGGCCGCCCCGAGGCGAUCAAUAUCUCCAACGUGAGCAAACUCUUUGACGCGGAUGGCAAGUGCCACUUCAAGUACAUCGUCGAGGGUGCCAACCUCUUCAUCACGCGUCAGGCACGCCUCGAACUCGAGAAGCGCGGCGUCAUUCUCUACCCGGACGCGUCGGCCAACAAGGGCGGCGUCACCUCCUCCUCCCUCGAGGUGCUCUGCGGACUGUCGCUGACGGACGAAGAGUACAUCGACAACAUGCUCUUCAAGGACGGCAAGCCGACCAACUUCUACCUUGGCUACGUCCGCGACAUCCAGACAAUCAUUGCGCAGAAUGCUGCGCAAGAGUUCGACGCGAUCUGGCGCGAGCACCAGAAGAGCGGCAAGCCGCGCUCGGUCAUCUCCACCGAGCUGUCGACGACGCUCAACAACCUCUCCCAGGAGCUCGAAGCGACGGACCUGUUCAACAACAAGGAGCUGCGCAACGCCGUCAUGGCCCAGGUCUUCCCGCAGACCCUCAUCAAAAAGGUCGGUCUCGAGGCCCUGCUCGACCGCGUCCCGCGCACGUACCUUCAGUCGGCCUUUGCCGCGUUCGUGGCCGCGAGCUUCGUCUACCAGAACGGCCCCGGUGCGUCGCACGUGGCGUUCUACAACCACCUCACCAAGCUCUCCGCUGCCGCCGCUUCCGCGCAGGAAGGUCCCGCACCACCCAACGGCUCGGCGGCCAGGAACUGAGAAAAGGGAAGCACAAGGACGUGGCAGCGCAAAGCUAUACUGUAUCAUCACGCGUCACCGGGGACAAUUCACAUGCAGACAUGUCGAGCUCAUAGAUCAUGCGA